AUGUGGUCAGCAGAUGAAAUUGCUGAACUGUGUUACCUGCACUAUAGGACCAGACUUCCUAAGCAGGGGAAACCAGAUCCAAACAGGGAAUGGACUGCACUGGCAGCUGUUGUCAAAGUGGAGUCUGCAGCCCAAGGAGAGGUUCUUGCUAGUCCAGGGAAUCUGCAGGAAACGAAGGAAGUUGUUGCGAUGGGAACUGGAACAAAAUGUAUUGGCCAAAACAAAAUGAGAAAAACAGGAGACAUUCUGAAUGACAGUCAUGCUGAAAUUGUGGCCAAGAGGAGCUUCCAGAGGUAUCUUCUCCACCAGAUGUGGCUGGCAGCUUCCCAUCAGCAAUGCAGUAUCUUUAUUCCGGGAACUGAAACUGGGAAAUGGAAACUCAAACCAAAUACCACAUUUGUUUUCUUCUCCAGUCAUACCCCAUGUGGAGAUGCUUCUAUUAUUCCAAUUAGUGAACCAGAGAAUCAGCUUUCUGAGGCAGUGGCUGAGGAUGAAGCAGCUGGACGAUCAGCAGAGUGUAGAAGUAACCAUGGUUGUUUGAGUCCAGCAGAUAAAAGGAGACGGGAGAAAACUACAAGUAGUCACAUAAGGAAGCGAAUGAGAACUGACGAUGAUGCUCAUCUUUCCAUAACCACGGGAGACCUGGCCGUUCAACAAGUAUCUUUGAAACAAGAAUGUGACACAAACCCAGAGACCUGUGAAUGUGCUGCAGAGGUUCAAACAGCUAAUGAGACUGGGUUAGGGAGAUCAAAGGUAGUAGAUGUUUAUAGAACUGGAGCAAAAUGCAUACCUGGAGAGCUGGGUGAUACCCGAAUGCCUGGUCUGGGCUACCACUGUGUGGGGUUAUUACGAGUGAAGCCGGGUCGUGGGGACAGAACCUGCUCUAUGUCCUGCAGUGAUAAACUGGCUCGGUGGAAUGUCUUAGGAUGUCAAGGAGCUCUUCUGAUGCAUCUCCUGCAGUAUCCAGUGUAUUUGUCAGCAGUUAUAGUGGGGAAGUGUCCAUACAGCCACGAAGCUAUGCAGAGAGCAAUUAUUGAAAGGUGUCAACACAUCUCAUCUUUACCAGAUGGUUUUUUCACUCAGGAGGUUAAGCUGCUGCAAUCUGAUCUUCGAUUUGAACACAGCCGUCAGGCAAUUCAGGAAGUUCAAGCUAGCAGCAAAACGAAACUUGUUCCUUGUAGUGCAG